AUGUGGCCAGUGACAAAGCCAAGAGGCGUGUCUGUGCGAUGGUAUUGGCUGCAAGAACGAGGCUUGAAACGCACAGCAUGGGACUCGGCCAAUCACAAAUCAGCUCCAGCCAGUGAAUUUUGUAACCGUCCACAUCUGUCUUUGCCAAUCAUGCCUGCAGAACACAAAGUCAGUUUCUGGACAGAGGCCUCUCAGCAGGUCUUGGCUGGAGGAUCGGCAGGCCUUGUAGAAAUCUGCAUGAUGCACCCUCUAGAUGUGGUGAAAACCAGAUUUCAGAUCCAAAGAAACAAGUCUGAUCCUUCCAGUUAUAAGAGUCUAGGAGACUGCUUCAAACGGAUCUAUCGUAGUGAAGGGUUGCUUGGCUUCUAUAAAGGAAUCCUUCCUCCCAUCCUGGCAGAAACUCCAAAACGGGCAGUAAAAUUUUUUACCUUUGAGCAAUACAAAAAGCUGCUAUUGCCACUCUCCCUGUCUCCUGCCUGGGUGUUUGCUAUAGCUGGCCUUGGAUCGGGAUUAACUGAAGCCAUAGUUGUGAACCCUUUUGAGGUUGUAAAGGUCAGCCUUCAAGCUAACCGUGAUGCAUAUGCCCAGCAACCAUCUACCUUUGCUCAGGCACAGCGUAUCAUCCAAAAAGAAGGCUUGGGUCUGAAGGGACUAAACAAAGGCCUUACUGCCACUCUGGGACGUCAUGGUGUCUUCAAUAUGAUUUAUUUUGGUUUCUAUUUCAACGUCAAGAACGCUUUUCCUGUUAACAAGGAUGCAAGACUGGAGUUCCUACGGAAGUUUACAAUUGGUUUGGCCUCUGGGACGCUAGCCUCCAUCAUUAACAUCCCAUUUGAUGUGGCCAAGAGUCGGAUUCAAGGGCCGCAGCCAGAACCCGGAGUGAUUAAAUAUCGUAGCUGCUGGAAGACGAUACUCGUGGUUUAUAAGGAAGAAGGGUUCCUGGCUCUCUACAAAGGUCUUCUUCCAAAGAUCAUGCGGCUUGGACCUGGAGGUGCGGUGAUGUUGUUGGUGUAUGAAUAUUCCUAUGCCUGGCUGCAGAAACAUUGGUGACCCGGAGCAAAGCCAUAUCUUCCUGUCCCCAAACACACACGCAGAUCAUCCUCAUAGCUGGUGGAAAAUUGGACUUUAAAUAAAUCAGAGAUCAUAAAGCUGAAUAUAUUUUAAUGACUGUUUUUGAUAAUUACAUGACGUUUGCAUAUUCUGUAAAAUGUGGCCAUGGACUGAAUUUUUGCUGCAGUAAUUAGAAUUUGUAUUUGUCAUACUAAAGACAUAUUGCAUAUUUUAAAGAGAA